UGUAAGCAGAGACCGAAGCUUUUCUGUUAGCUCUUGCUGUCUCACCACAGACUCUGCGUCUUUAGCUUCUCAAACUGGAGCUACCGUGACCAGCGUAUGAAGAAAGCUUUGCAAAAUACCAGGUGAAAGACAAGUCCUGAAACAUGAAACUGUAGAAAUCCAAGGAUGGACACUCACUCCAUCACAGUGUGGUUGUUGCCUGCUCUCCUCCUGACCUCCUUCGCGAGUGGACACAUGACCCAAACCUGUGCCUGCAAUGAGAGUAUUGAAGAUAAUGGGACAAUACCAGAAAAUCCAAAUAUUACUACAACCUGUUGUUGGAUGGCUAAGUUGGAUAAGUUGCUUGAUUCACCUUCUUCCGAUACUACUACGUGGGUGAAACGUUUAGAAACCGUUCUGGAGACCACAACAUUUCCUAACAAUACACCUGAUGACUAUAUGUCUAUGAAAGCUGGAAAACUUGUGGCAUUUCUCCACAGAGUUCAAAGACAAACCUUCAAAGGCUUAAGCAUAUAUGCAGAUUGGAAUACCACGUCUACAAAAAUGAGCAACAUAAAAAACUGCAAAGCCCGGGUGGAUCUGCCUCAAGAGAUUUUAACAAAUGAUGAGCAGAGGACAAUUGUUUUUUGCAUGUACAAGGCAAACUUUACAGCAAACAUUCUUCAUAACCAGGCAGUGGGAGUGAGUGUCAGUAACACAACUGUCUCUGGCCUGAAGAACCCUAUCAAUAUCACCAUUUUCCUUGAGGAAAGCCUCAAGGCGAAUCAAAUACCCAAAUGCGUUUUCUUGGACUUCACUGCUACUGAUAACCAUUGGAAAGACUACGGAUGCAAGACUGUAAAACAUGAAGACUACAUUAAUUGCUCCUGCGAUCAUUUGACUUAUUUUGCUGUAUUACUGGUCUCUGCCUCUGUCUCACAAUAUCAUUUGAAAAUCUUGACCAUCAUUUCAAAAGUGGGCUCUGGUAUUUCCCUUGUGUUUCUGAUUGUCACCAUCAUCUUGUAUAUCGUGGGCAGGAGAACAACUAAUGACAACUCCCUCAAGAUCCACAUCAACCUGGCCACGGCUCUGAUCCUGCUCAAUGUGCACUUUCUGCCCAGUGAGGAGGUGGCGGCCUUGAGGAACGACAGCCUGUGUCGAUAUGUGGCCAUUCUGCUGCACUACUCUCUGCUCUGCACCUUCACCUGGAUGGCCAUAGAGGGCUUCCACCUCUACAUCCUUCUGUGCAAAGUCUUCAGCAUUUACAUAAGGAAAUACAUCCUCAAGCUCUGUCUUGUGGGUUGGGGAUUCCCUGCUGUUGUAGUGAUUCUGGUUGUCUGUGCAGAUAAGGAUGUUUACGGGCUGAGAGAAAUCCCCACCAGUGAAGACAAUGGGACCAGUAUUUUCAUGUGCUACAUAAAUAACAUCACAGUUAACUACGUGACAAGCCUUUGUCUCUUCGUCCUGGUGUUCCUCUUUAAUCUCAUCAUGUUGAGUAUCACAGUGUCAAAGAUAAUGUCCAUGAGGUCAAGGAAGACCCCAGGGGAAAACCGCAAGGCCUUUAAAGACAUAUGCGGUAUACUAGGUAUCACCUGCCUGCUGGGGACCUCAUGGGGCCUUGUCUUCUUAUCAUUUGGGCCCGUGAAUCUGCCAAGCCUCUAUCUUUUCAGCAUCCUCAACUCCCUGCAAGACUGUCCUCAGUACCUACUGACUUCUCUCAGCUCCGACAGCUGCAUAGCCAGAGAGUGGGAUAAGCCUCAGCCUCUGUUUGAAAUGGUGGCUGUUUUCCACCAAUCCAGAAUUUUUUUUCCCUCUGUGUUGACGAUUGUUAGAAACAUCUAUUUCUAUUAAAAAAAAACAUAUCUGACUGUUUUCUAGCUCUAACUGGAAAAAUGAGAAAAGCUCAGAGAGUAGGUAUAAAAUGUGUUUGUGGCAUGACUGUAAGAAUUUGUGGUGUGUUUAAAUAAAGCAUUUGAUGUUAAAAAUC